CGAGACGUCUACCAGACAUCGUUCUCAAGAACUGGGUAUUCGUCGCACGUCGAUAUGAACGGAUUUGUUAAUAAAGAUAAUUGUCAUAUCUGGGUAUCGAGAACCUUCGAGUCAUCCAUCAACGACCACCACAUCCUCGUCGAGUCACAGUCUGGUGCGGUGGUAUGGAGGUGUCAUUGGGCACUUACUUCUUCGAAGACGCUGCAGAUAUUUGGCCAUGAAGGGUUGGUUCGACGCCUUCAGAACUGAUGGUGGUCCCACUCUGUACAAUUUCAACAACCGAACUGCAGUCACUGGUGACGUCACAAUCAUCACUUUCUUGACGAUCUUCACUACUCUCUACGUGGCAUUUCUAAUUAUUUUCCCAGGUAUCAGAAAAGAAAGAUUCACGACCUUCUCCACAGUAUCGCUGAGCAUCUUUACGGGAGCGACAAUACUGAUUGCCAUAUAUGGAUCCUCUUGGCAUGUCGCCAAUAUGUCGGUGGUCAGUACAUACAGGGCAUUCUCCAAGGAAAAAUUGCCUGUCAACAUUGGCGUUUACAUUGGUCUCAACCAUGUGAAUAUCACCUUGCAAGCUGUGAAUCACAGUCAUGCGUCUGACAUAGACUACAACGAACGUUUCUGGUGGGUGUCUAUCCACGAAAUGGGCAUCAGCUUUAAGGAGUCCUUAGAAAAAGGAUUGCCUCAUCCUAUCCUAAAGGUAGCUGAGUAUUUCACCACAGGUCAAGAAGGUCUAGCUUGGGGAGCUCAAUACAGAGCUGCUGGAUAUUUCGCCACAAUCAUGCUAUGGACCUCCUUUACGAUAUGGAUCCUGAUGAACCUGAUGUUAAUUGUGGUGCCCCGUUACGGAGCAGUUCUGAUGACCACAUGUGGCCUCCUUCUAAUAGCCACCUGUUGCGGCUAUUUCGUAAUGUUACCUGAAACGCCUCUAGUCAUUCGCAUGGAGGGGAGCAAGUUGGAGUUCCGGUUUGGGUGGACCUACUGGCUGGUCCUUUUUGCAGGUGGUGUUUGCCUGCUAGCAGGUAUCAUAAUCACAGCAGUGGAAAUAAUCUACCCUCAUAGUUUCUCAACUAUAUUGGAAGUGGAUUAUGACACUCCUUAUGAUAGACAUAUAAUUAUCGAAGAUAGUAGGGGUAGAAGAGCACAGAAGAAGAACAUGAAUGCUUGUAGUAGGUUAGAAGAACCAGAAGUUAGCCAUCAGUCUUUGGGUUCGAGAAUAUUGAGGAGGCUGAAUUCGAGAAACGACGAAGUCAUAGAACCUGGGAAACAUUCAGCAUAUGAAAAAGAGUUUUACUUGGAGCCUAGUUCGUGGCGUUAUCCACAGCGAAAAAGUAGUGAAAAUGGCAGGCGAUCUACACCGUCUUUGCGGAAAGAGGGAUCAAAGUACUCGAAUCAUCAAGUGCCUAUGUGGUAGCAGUUUUUAUAUGAUAUGAAGUUAGAGUGGACACUAUGAGAAGAAAUCCCUCAAGUAUUACUGCUCCCCAAAGGAGCGACAAAAUGAUGGUCUCCUUAAGCGAGGAACAUGAAGUAGCGUCCCCUUAGAAGUGACGUAGGAAGCUAGGGGUAUUGCAAUGUCACUAUGUAACGUUCGAUCGGAAUUCGAAAUUUAGUGCAAUCUAAAUGAAUAAGUGAUUUUAUUGUGAUAUACAGUUUUAUGUGAAGAGACAUUUUUAUAAAAUUGCCAUAUUUAUAUUUUAGUCUAGUUAAAUUUAUUUAUGUAAAAAUACAUAUUUUUAUUUUUUAAGUGCACGUCGUUCAUUCAUACCACUACA